AUGGCGGCGAGGAGAUUUGGUGUCGGGUCAGACCAGGGGGAAGGAUCCGCUGUUUUCCAGAAGACGGGGGAACUGCGAAGCACGCUGCCAGUAAUGGAGGUGGAGCUAUGGCCCGCCUGUCAGCUGCUGACGUGGCAUUUUUUUUACAGAAACCCCCCGCACCUCCUUCUGCUAGCCCUGGCCCUAGCCUUCACCCUCCCGCCCGCCGCGCCGCAGCCGGCGCCGGGGUCGGCGGCGGAGCCGCAGGAGGACGACGCGCGGUGCCUCAAGGGCGUCAAGGCCGACCUCAGGGACCCCGAGGGCCGCCUCACCUCCUGGACCAGCAACACCUCGGCGGGCGCCGUCUGCGACUUCUCCGGCAUCUCCUGCUGGAACCCGCAGGAGUCGCGCAUCCUCGCCGUCUCCCUCUCCGGCUUCGGCCUCCAGGGCAAAAUCCCCCCCGCGCUCCAGUACUGCCGCUCCGCCAACAUGCUCGACCUCUCCUCCAACGCGCUCGAGGGCCAGAUACCCCCCGCGCUCUGCGACUGGAUCCCCUUCGUCGUCAACCUCGACCUCUCCGGCAACCGCCUCACCGGCCCGCUCCCCUCCGAGCUCGCCAACUGCCGCUUCCUCAACUCGCUCAAGCUCAGCGACAACGCCUUCUCCGGCCAGAUCCCCGCCUCCCUCGCGCGCCUCGACCGCCUCAAGGCGCUCGACCUCUCCGGGAACCGCCUCGAGGGCCAGAUCCCGUCCCAGCUCGGCUCUGCCUUCUCCAAGGACUCCUUCUCCGGGAACUCGGGCCUCUGCGGCCACCCCGUGUCCUCGCGCUACGGCAGCGGCCUUGGGGGCACCGGCCUCGGCAUCGUUAUGCUGCCGGGGUCUUCGGCGCCGCCGCUUCGCUGCUCCUCGCCUUCUUCUUCUGGCGAUGCACCGGGAAGGGCAAGGCUGGCCGCCGCCGCCAGGGCCGCGGAGGAAGCGAGUCGGAGGUCACUGCGACUUAUCCAGAUCGGGCGCCGCCGCGCGUGA